AUGCCGACGGCCUGCAGCCUAGAUCACGCAGGCGCGGCGGCGGCGGCGGCGUGGUCUUCACUGCAGGACUUUUCAAGCCUGCAGUUAUUCAGCGGCGGCGCCGUGUCUAAGAACACAUUACUGGUUGCAUCCCUCACCGUGUGCGCCGAGGUGCUGCAGCAGCUGCGCGAGGACUCGUCGCCGGCGGCCUCGUCGUCGUUGUGGCGGCGCGAGCUGCUGCAGGCCCUCAAGCAAACCACGAACCUGGCGCGGCGCCGCGUGCGAGCGGGCGAGACGAGCGUCAAGGUCGCCGUCUUCUCCGCCUGCAUGCACGCGUGCAUUAGUGUUCGCCGCACCCCGCAGCAGCAGCAGCAGCAGCAGGGGCUAGGGCAGCGGCAGGAGGCCGUUGUUAUCGCCGACACGGUCCGCGUCGUGCUCGCGGAAUGCUGUGCCGUCCUCGAGAGGCGCCUGCGGGCAUUGCGCGGGCCAAUCGGGGCCGCCUCCAGCAUCGAGCGACAGCUGAGAGACAGCGGCCCGUAG